UGUUUACAGUGCUUUUAGACUGGAAAUUACGUUAAAAAGGGGACGUUGUCUACAAAAAGAAAAUACGGAAUGUGCGUAGGCAACUCGUGUGUGUGCUGAACAUAAACAACAAUUCAAAUUAACUGUUCUGCGCUGUGUGUUAAGUAAUUGCUGCUGCUGCUGCUGUGUUACAGCUGCCCCAAAAGGUGAACGGGUGGCAAGGACGAGAACAAGGACGAUAGGAGAGGAAAUCCGGACGCUGCCAUACAAUGGCCACGUGCAAUCAAAGUCUGAAUGACAACUGUGGCAAUGCAACAUCAGCAACAGCAAUAUGCCUAGCUGCCUCCUCGUCGUACAUCAGCCUCAAUGUGCUGCCCGACGAGAUACUCGAGUUCAUCUUCACCUAUCUGCCGCCCUAUGGCGAUCUGGAGCACUGCAGUCUCGUCUGCAAGCGCUGGCAGCUAAUUGUCAAGAAUCUUGUGCGGCGCUCGCAAUUAAACCUGGAGAAGGGUUUGGCCGAUUUUCGUUUGCGCUGGGAGGUUUAUUCGCAGCAAACGGCCGCCUCCUUGGAGGCCAACAGACCAAACAAUAGAUCACAAUCGGGCUCACAACCUAUGCCAAUAAUAGCCGGACGCUUUGCCCACUCCACGGUGCGUCUGGCCAAUUCGAUGUAUGUGUUUGGCGGCGGCUCCUCAUCCGAUACGACCUUCAAUGAUUUGUGGCGCUUCGAUUUGACGCACAUGCGCUGGUCCCGUCCACUUGCCACCGGUACAUAUCCGUCGCCCAAGGGCAGCGCCUCAAUGGUUGCGUGGCGUGACAAACUGGUGCUGUUCGGUGGGUGGCGUUAUCCAUCGCUGCAUCCACCUUAUCAGCCAUGGUGUCUGUUCGACGAGCUGCACUACUACGAUCUCGUCAAGGAUCGUUGGUUGGCGCGCAAUUCGUUGCCCUGCCCACCGCCGAUGGCGGGUCAUUCGGCCAGUGUGCACGCGAAUCGAAUGAUUAUCUUUGGCGGCUAUCAGAUCAAGGACGAUGUCAAUGUCAAUUCGAAUGAUACCUGGGUGCUGGAUCUGGCCGAGCAGCGCUGGUGGCAGCCACUCUUUGUGGGCAAUACUCGUCCGGCGCCGCGAUACGGUCAAAUCCAAGUGGAGCUUGACAAACAGCAUCUGCUCAUCGUUGGCGGCUGUGGCGGUGCCAAUCGGGUUUAUACAGAUGCCUGGCUGUUGGACAUGACGAGGGACGCUUGGUCCUGGAAACAGUUGAGUGUGCGCAACAAACACUUUGGUGCCGUGCACAUGUGGUGCAAUCCCGGCUGUCGGGUCAACAAUUAUCUGGUCGUCGUCGGCCCAUCACCAAAAAUGCCGCUCGACUUUCAAAUCAUGAAGCAGAGCCGGGUGCCCGCCAUUGGCGGCAGUGGUCUGCGCUAUGCUGGUCUCGGCCAGGCGCCAGCGCCACCGCCGCCACAGCGUGUGCCGGUGCUACUGCCGGAGCGUAGGCCAGGCCAGCCAGCCAAUCCGCGGGAUCAGCAGCGUGCAGUGCGUUUGGGCGGCGCUGCUUUGGCGCCGCAGGAGCAAUAUUUGGCUAAUCGACGGGCUAUCCUCAACCAGCACAUGCAGCAGGCCCAGCAAUUCAUGCACAACAACAAUGUCAACAACAACAACAAUGGCAGCGGCAACAACAAUCACUAUCAGCCACGCUCAGGACGACUCAGUGAUUUGCAUUCACCACCUGCUCCAGCAGCAGCAGCAGUACCUGCUGCACCUGCUCCUGCAGCAGCAGCCGAUGGGGAUGCGGAUGCCGCACAGCGACUGCAACGUAAUCUGGCACUGCGUUGUCGCGACAAUGAACCGCUGCUACCCAAACGCUUUGACGAACACUACGAAGAUCCUUUUCGCAUGGCCGCCUUCAAUGUGCCCGGUCGUUCGCGGAGUGCGUCGCGAGAUCACAGCGAACGCAUCCGUCGCAUGGAGGAGAAAAUGAAUGCCAUACGCAAUUCGCGACGCAGUGCACCCGCCCACGUCGAGCCGCAAACGUUACGUGCCCCCUCCCCCAAACGUCUACGCUGCAAUGUGCAAUCCCUGUUCGUCUGCGACAUCUCCAGCCUACUCCAGCCGGAUCCGAACUGUGAACCCGGUCUCGACUGGGUGGAGUAUAAGAAUUUUGGUGUGCUAAGCGGUGCACCCGAUCGCCUCAUACUGUCCAGCCUGAUAGCGGGCAAUGGGGAAUUGAUUCUAUUUGGGGGCGUUCACAAGGAGACGUUGACGGACAUCACCCAUCAUGUGUCCAAUUCCAUACACUUUUUGAGUGUACCACGUGAUAUUAUCUAAGUGCAGGCACCCAAUGCCAUAACUACACACACAUACACACACACAUACUCACACAUGCAUAUUUAAUAUUGUAAUCCUAAGUUAUUUGCUGUUUACUUCCGCAUCAUUUUAAAGACAUUAGUUGCUGCCUUUAGACAUUAAAAUUGUAUAAUAUGAUUACUAUUAUUAUUAUUAUUAUUAUUAUUAUUAUUAUUUGCACACAUGCUGAUUAAACCAAGUCGAAAUUUAA